UAAUUUUUCCAACCAAACGACAACCAGUCAUCACCCUGGAAACACUGUCAAACUACAGAUAUCUCUUGGCAAGUUGCAAAAGUCAUCGGUGCUAUCGUCGCAGUGUUCGGAUUGUUAUCGAAUAGAUGACCAUCAUGUUUCCGCUUGUGUCGUACAGUUUGAAUGUGCGGAACAAUUCGGCGCCCGCGUCUUCCGGCGCCAUCGCCAGCUACGUGACGGGAUCUUCGAAGCUUCUUGUUCCCGGUAGGGUCACAGCGGCGACGAAGAUCGCGCAAGGGGCCAUGACCAUCCCAGUUGACCCCAUGCACCUUCUAGGGCAACCGGACGUACAGCAGAUAUCUGUUGGUACUAACUCCUACGGAACCAUCGAUCUAGAAGACAAAUCCAAAGAAACAUGGUCGAAAACCACGCACUGGAUAAGAGCCUUAAGGCUAUCAGACGAUUGUCAUUCUUAUAACAUGCAGUUAAGGCUUCAGCCCUCGCAGAGACCCUGCAGCACGUUAAACAAAAACUUACCCACUCCAAAGUUGAUAUUGCAAGCCGUAAGGCCAAUCGAAAUGGGGCAGGAAUUGUUGCUAUGGUUUUCCGAAGAUAUUCUCGCGAUGUUGCAGAUUGUGUUUCUGACGCCGGCGAAUAUACAGGGGCAGAAAAAAUACGUGUGCACGAGGUGUUCUUCUUUGUACGAAUCUCCGAAUCCGCUGAAACUGCAUAUAACAUUGGGAUGUGGUAGAAGUGAUAUUUGUUCGUUGUGGGAAAAACUUUCGGCUAUGAUGACGGAAAGUACGCUACAAAAAAUACUUAAACACGAGUAUUUUGAGUUUAAGUUGACGCCGGAACCUGAAGUUUUUAGACAGAAGAGUGCUAUAGAUUUAACAACAUCGAACUUGAACAAAACCGAUUCCUCGAAAAACUUAUAUCGACCUUACAACGAACCGUCAGCUUUUAAACCGUUUAAGAAAAAUGCCGAAAAUAGCACACCUCUAAGAGAAAUUCCGACGGUUUGGCCAAUGGCGAUCGAGCAUCCCGAAAGACAAUUGCAGAACUUUAACAUCAACAUAGGAGCUGUGAAUUACAAUGAUGAAGCCCAUAUUGAGAGUUUGGUGAGCAGUUUGGGAAAAUCGAAGCAAGGGCAUAUUUGUCUGUAUUGUGGGAAAUGUUAUUCGAGAAAAUAUGGUUUGAAAAUACACAUUAGGACCCAUACAGGAUACAAACCUUUGAAGUGCAAGUUCUGUUCGAGGCCUUUUGGGGACCCUAGUAAUCUUAAUAAGCAUGUUAGGUUGCAUGCUGAAGGAAAUACACCCUACAAAUGUGAUUUAUGCGGAAAGAUAUUGGUUAGGAGAAGAGACUUGGAAAGGCAUUUAAAAUCCAGACAUAUGAUCGAAAUGCACCCGGACCUUAACAUUUUACCGGAUUCCCCCACUCAAGAAGUAGAAGCUAGUGAUGAAGACUCCACAAAACAGUCGAGUACGAGUACAAAUAAUCUGACUGAUGUUUAACAAAGUUAUUUUCCAUUCAUUAGGUUUUUAAAUUCUA